CGGGGCCUGCCGCAGGGGGCGGGGCCUGUUGCGCCGCGGACAGAGGUGCGCUCUCCCGCUCCGGCAGGGAGGUCUGGCCAUGUCCUGGGGCCGUGCUGCGUUGGCCGGGUCGCGGCUGGUGGGGAGCCGGAGCGCCUCGGCGGGGCAGCCCCACAGGGCGGCGGGAGCUGGAGGAACUGCGACCUCUGAGAUGGGGAACAGCACAUCAUCCUUGGGGAAGUCAGCAACUACGCCUGUGAACCAGAUCCAAGAAACAAUUUCCGAUAAUUGUGUGGUGAUUUUCUCAAAAACAUCCUGUUCUUACUGUACAAUGGCAAAAAAGAUUUUCCAAGACAUGAAUGUUAAUUAUAAAGUGGUAGAACUGGACAUGCUUGAAUAUGGGAGCCAGUUUCAAGAUGCUCUUUACAAAAUGACUGGUGAAAGAACUGUUCCAAGAAUAUUUGUCAAUGGAACUUUUAUUGGAGGUGCAACUGACACUCACAGGCUUCAUAAAGAAGGGAAACUGCUUCCACUAGUUCACCAGUGUUACUUAAAAAAAAGUAAGAGUAAAGAAUUUCAGUGACUUAGUGGGAUGAUGAAGCAAGAAAGCCCUUGCCAGAAGUAUACCACCUGACCUUGGGCUUCUCAGUCCAGAGCUGUGAGAAGUAAAUCUGCUCAUCAAUAAUUAUUUAGUAUCAGGUGUUCUGUUACAGCUACACAAAAUGGACGAAGAUAGUCCCUGACGUCAUUUCUAAUGUUGAUAUUCUGCUAUUCUGGGAGCACUAUUUAAAUUGAUUUCAUUUCUGUUAAAUUUAGCAAACAAGAUUUACCCUAUAGGAAGUCUUAUUUUAGAAUAACUGAAAAUAUUUUCAUUGCUUUGUUAAAUCAGUUUUCUAGCUUCCUAUCAAGAAUAUUUUAAGUGUUUACCACACAAAAUAUUUUCCUACUUCAUUCCCACAAUCAUAUGGGGGCAGAUUACCAGAUGCUGAGAAAACUUCCUCAAAGGUGGAAAGAAAAUAGAUUUCCAUAGAGUGCUUCUGUUUUCUGGUUAAGACAGAUCAGGGAAUUUAGGACAAAUCGGCUUAAAUUACAAUUAAGUGAUAAUUCAUUUGUUAUAACAUUGGAAUGAAACAAAAUGGAAUAUCUUGGUCCUUUAUUUUUCAUUAUGUCACGAGAAAUUUUACGUUUGCUAUGUUGUAGAAUCUUUGUUAAGAGAGUAGAGGAAAUCUGUUACCCAUUAGAAAGACAAAAUUGUAAUUGUAUACCAUCCUUGUUAUAUUGUUAUUUAUUAAUUUAUUAAUUAAACUUUGAGACAGGGUCUCACUCUGUAAUUGAGGCUGGCCUUGAACUCAUUAUGUAGCCCAGGCUGGCCUCAAACUUGUGGUGAAACUCUUCUAAUGUCUACUUUAUAGUGUUCGGAACGUUAUAUUCAAUGAGUAAUACAAAAAGGUACAUUUAGGGGUCUCAUACUGCAUUAUGAAAGGAGCAUUUAGGAAGGGAGGUACUCUUAAUUAAAUGCUAAGGGAUGAGAGAAAUUAAUGAAGAAAUCUUACCUCUUUUUGGGGGGCUAUAGUGCAGAUUAACGUCUUUGAAAAAUCCCCAAAAUAGCAAUAAUACAAAAUGUGCUCACCACUCUAAAAUAUUUAAAAUGCUGGAUACAAUACUUAAAGACUGAGAGCUUUAAUUUUAACUGAUUUGCAAGGGACUAGUUACAAAGCUAGGGGUUAAGGGAGAGGGAUUUAUGUCGGGGACCACAACAUAACAUCACUAAAUCUUCAGUGAAAAUCGUAACUGCUACUCUGUGUCAGUUAUUAGAGCAAGACAGAGAAGUGUUCAGAUCACUAAAGGUAUGACUAGCAGGUGGCUGACUUAAGCUUCCUGAAAUCGCAAGUAUCUUAUAAAAUACAGAUAAUGCUGCCUUUCUUUAGGGUUAUUUUGAUGAAUGGAAAUUUCAAAUCACCUCGAAUGAUGUUUAGUAUAUGCUCAAUAUGUAAUGGCUACUAUUAAUCACAAUGGCUGAGUUAUGUGUGAUUCUCUUAUGGAUUCAUCAGGGUAGGACAAGUUUUUCACUGUCUAGCCAAAAUUUUAGUGAGAAGGGGGAGCUUCUGGGCUUCAGUGUUAUCUUGGUGUUGAUACCUGUAUCUUGUCGCUUUUGUAUCUUACAACUGGCUAAAGCUAAUGUAAACCUGAAGCAAAACUAAGUUGUUCCAGUAGAUUUUUUUCCCCUCCUGGAACCACAACUUAGAAAGGUGAUCAAUUUAAGAAGUUGAUUGCAUAUAUCAACCCACCUGUCAUUCCUCCAUUUUAUUUUUUGGAGACAAGGUCUUACUAUGCAGUUCAGGCUGGCCUUGAUUGCCUUGAUUCUGUAAUGGAACUCUAAUGGAAAAGAACUCCCAACCUCAUAUACUUUAAUUAAAUAACACUAAUAUGCAAUUAGAGGCACUGAGAGAAUAAUGUGAUGUAACAAAAUUUAAUUUUACUUUGUUUAAUUAUGAGAUUCCUGAAAAGGCAUGACCUUAAAAUUCUUUUUUCUUAAAUAAAAAGACAGUUAUUUGAUGUGCAUAGAAUUUAUUUGGUACACCUGUCUAUUUCUACAAUAUACUGACCAGGAACGGUUCACAUAGUGCCCAUCUGCACUCCAUGUCUGAAAUCAUUUACAGGCUAAGCAUCCCUAAUUCCAAAAUCUGAAAUGCUGCAGAAAUGGAAACUUUUUGAGCACCAACAUGAUGCCACAAGUGGAAAAUUCCAUACCUGACCUCAUGUGAUAGGUCACAAUAAAAAUGCAGGCACACUAAAAAUUUUAUAUAAGAUUACCUUCAGUCUAUGUGUAUAAGGUAUAUAUGGAACAUCUCCAAGAUAUCUCAUUAUGUAUAUGCAGAUAUUCCACAAUCAGAAAAACCCUUCUGAUCCCAAGCAUUUCAGAUAAUGAAUAAUCAACCUACAUUCAAUAGGGUAUUUUGCAAGGUUAGCACCAACAUGAUGCCACAAGUGGAAAAUUCCAUACCUGACCUCAUGUGAUAGGUCACAAUAAAAAUGCAGGCACACUAAAAAUUUUAUAUAAGAUUACCUUCAGUCUAUGUGUAUAAGGUAUAUAUGGAACAUCUCCAAGAUAUCUCAUUAUGUAUAUGCAGAUAUUCCACAAUCAGAAAAACCCUUCUGAUCCCAAGCAUUUCAGAUAAUGAAUAAUCAACCUACAUUCAAUAGGGUAUUUUGCAAGGUUGGAAGGAGAAAAGUCAUGAUUGCACAGUAUUGGUGAAAACUUUUAUCUGAAAUAAAUGUAAUAAUUAGUAUAUGCAUCCAUUCCAAAUCAGAAAAUAGCAAAAUUACAUUGUUAGGUGUAUUAUUUUUUUAACUAGAGAUAGGUGUAUUAUUUACAUUGAAAACGUGGAAGACUUGCCAAAGCAGUAAUGAAUAAUCCUAGAAACUCCUAACUCCUUGUCAUCCCCCUCCCUUUUCCCCUUUCAGGGUCCUUUCCUUGGAAAUGAAAUAAACUUGUUAAGCAUCACACUUUAUAUUUAUAUACCUUUAAGCACCAGCUUGACAAUUAAAUGUGUUUUCAGUUAUAUAAAAUAUUCCUGCUUUGAAAGUCACGGUGAAUGUAAAAAUGUGAAUGUAAUUAAACAAAUCACUGACCUGGA